ACUCGGGCAUGCACCCAUUACACUUCGCCUCGAACACCAACCUCCAGGACCGGCGCUGGAGAGUGUGCAACGUGCUGACUGGCGAAUCCCUCCCAGAACGCAACCUCGAUCUCGUGGAUAGCGCUACGUGAUAGCCUGUUUUACGUCCAGUUUUCUUUCCCUUCUUGCUUACGGCGACGACGCUCUCUGAGACGGGACUGUGAUACCUCUGUCGAGGGUGCGCCUGUGCGACGGCGUCUGGCUGGAAUCUGUGCUGGCUCGUUGACAAAGUCGUGGCCCGCUUGCACGGUCCGGAUGCGCGUGAGCAACUGAGCCUGUCGUCUGGAGUCACGUUGGAUGUUCUUCCUUUCGAGUCUGUUCGUGCGCAGAGCCGAUAACGCGUCUCUUCCACGCGACCCGCGAACAGGAUCAUAUACUUGCGAUCUUACAGUUUGGGCGACAGUGUACUUCGUAUCUUGUCGAAUUUCUAUACCCAUCUCGACAUUCGGACCCACGGCAAGCAUUGAAUAUAAUCGGGAGGUACUACAAGGGUUUACACGCUCUGAUCCUAUCUUGGCUGCAUUUUAAUACGGCUUUGCCGAUUUCUCUCGCACUUUCCUCCCAUGGCAUCUGACGGCCGAUACCUCUACUAUCCAUACAACGGAUACUCAGCGCCCGGAUCGAACUACCCGCCCCCUCGUCCGCUACGGUCCGACUCGGGGUCCUCGUCAUCCCAGCCACCCCAGUCACCGGCGCAGUUCAGCCAGCCAACAUCAGGCUCCUACACUUCUCAGCAGUCGCCACAGUCGCCGGUUCGCUAUAGCCAGCCGCCUGCGCCAUCUUAUGGAGCUCCUCCUCCACAACAGUACAAUUCUGGGCCAAGUUAUAUAUCGUCAGCGAACACGACGGGGACACAGCAAUGGUCGCCCUCCUCGGUGGCCCCAUCGCAGCCCAUCGUGACUCCGUCGCAGCCACAGGCGGGGACCAGCACAUGGAGCACUCAGACGUACCAACCGCCGCCUCCUCCGCCGGGACCGGAGAGACAGGCUCCACCGCAACAACAGACUCAGCCGCACUAUACGGUGCCCCCUCCCCUCCUCGACCUGCCUCAAACGAGCAAACGCGAGCCUGGAAUCACCCGCCAUAUGAUCCCGCUCCCGAUUGAACGAGCCGCAGCAACGCAUGUACCCACCGCCGCCUGUUCCGCCGCCCGAGUCGCCGGACAUGCGGUCGAGUCGACGCCGCUGGGAGUCCUCGCCGUCGCCCGAUCAUCUGGCCCCAGCGAUCAACUUCCACGAGCUGGUGAACUCGUAUCACCGCAUUCUCGAGGGGGCGAGGACAGACGCCCCUGUCGACCGCAUGCUCCAGAAUGCAUCGUAUGGUGCCCAGGUGCUGGAAAGUGCCAACAUCCCGGCCGUCGUUUCCACGCGCCAUCCAGCCGCAGCCACAGCCACAGCCACAGCCCGACGCGGCCGUAUCGAAGCACCGAGGCCGAUCGAGCCGCCGCAGCCGCCGCCACAGCCAGAGCGCAAGCGGACGCCCCCGCCGCGACGGCUCGAGCCGGCGCCCCCGCGCGAGAAGCCGGUGUUGUCGCCGGUGCUGGCCGAGGCCCCUUCGGCGCUGUCCGCGACAUCCUCGGUGCUGAUUCUGUCGAAUCUCAAGAAGGGCGACGAGUUCAUCCACACGGUGCCCGGGUCCGAGUCUACUACGCCGCUCAAAGCGGCGUCCCCCAGCAAUGCCUCGGGUGCCAAGCGACGUCGACGCCCGAGUGGCGUCGCGGACCGAUGGGGAUCUGAUGGUGCUGCUGCUGUUGUUGUUGCUGCUGCUGCUGCGUUGCAUAUGCUGUUGGGCGGCGCCAUUGGCGUUAUCAUCUGCAUGGCGCGAGCCCGUUCAUUUGCAUCGCAGCUGCGCUCUGCGGAUGCCCCGCGGCCAUCUGCCGCUGCUGCUGACCAUGUGCUGCCACUGCGCCAACUGGGUGGCGUUCAUACCCGUACCCGUGGUUGCGGUAGUACAUCGACAGCUGCGCCUGCUGCUGAGGCGUCAUCCCGCUCAUCAUUUGCGCAGCCUCUGUACCAGCAGAUCCACCACCCGCUG